AUGAGCCUAACUUCGAAUAGAUCUUCUAUUAUUUCUUUUUUUUUUUGUUUGUAUUUCUUUUUAUUUUUUUAUUUGCGCGAAACUUUGCUACAUUGGGUAACGCGUGAACAAUUUCCAUUGCAAUUAACGAAAGGGUCCUUGCAUGUGUUUACCAAAAGUCCGCGAGGUCUCGGCAGGUGGCGCGUCAAUACAAGUGAUUAUCUCAUGUACAAUCGGUUAGUGUCAGUCAGUAUCCGUAAACCAACGUGCAUACGCGUUCAGCGACACUCUAAUAAGACAAAGCUUUUCUGGCGCGAAUACGCCAAGGCCACGAAGCGAAAGGAAGGUAGCUACAUCAAGAAUGUUUUUUUCUAUUGUGCGGCAUCUGAGAUGAGGGGAUUUCGGCACGCCGCAGAACACUACACACAGGUACAUAAUCAGCCGUUUGGCAGCAGUAGAAGGUAUGAACCCAACAGAAACGGGUCGUAA